UCGGAAGCAGUCGGCCGUCCUGGUGUCGUAUCGCUGUCAGAAGCAAAGACUAAACUGAGUAGUCGGAGUAGUCGUUGGUCGCUGGUUAAUUUUCGUCGUCGUCGGUCAUCGGUGGUCUCAAGGCAGCCUAGACCUUGUACCGUCUUGACGGUCUUGACAGUAGUCAGUAAUAGUAAUAAAAUAACUAAAUCACUCUUCAGCUUCAGUCUGCUAAAAUCAUUGAGACUCGACGUAUCACAAUACCAAUACCACAAUGCCGAAUAUAAUAAAUGAUGUCAAAUUAGAUUUUAAAGACGUUUUAUUGAGGCCUAAAAGAAGUACUUUGAGAAGUCGAUCAGAGGUAGACCUCUUUCGUGAAAUGACGUUUCGUAAUUCUAAACGUACAUACAAGGGUAUACCUGUGAUGGCCUCGAAUAUGGAUACUGUUGGUACAUUUGAAAUGGCCAAAGCUUUAGCUAAGCAUGGAAUUUUUACAGCAGUACAUAAAUAUUAUACAGCUGAAGAAUGGAAAGAGUUUGCGUCGAAAAAUUUAGACUGUCUAAAACAUAUGGCUGUGAGCUCGGGAACGAGCGAAAAUGACUUCGACCGAUUAAAAACAGUAAUUGGAGCAGUACCCGAUAUUGAAUUUAUCUGUCUGGACGUCGCUAAUGGAUACUCUCAGCACUUUGUCGAGCAUGUAAGGAAAGUCCGUGCCGAGUUUCCGAGUCAUACGAUUAUCGCUGGAAAUGUCGUAACUGGAGAAAUGGUUGAAGAAUUGAUACUAUCGGGCGCAGAUGUUAUUAAAGUAGGAAUUGGUCCUGGAUCAGUUUGUACCACGAGAAUGAAAACAGGAGUCGGGUAUCCCCAACUGAGUGCUGUGAUUGAAUGCGCCGAUGCUGCUCAUGGCCUUAAAGGUCAUAUUAUUUCGGAUGGUGGUUGCACAUGUCCUGGAGAUUUAGCCAAAGCAUUUGGAGCAGGUGCUGAUUUCGUAAUGGCUGGUGGUAUGUUUGCUGGCCAUGAUGAAUGUGGUGGCAGUGUUACAGAAAAAGACGGGAGAAAAAUAAAACUUUUUUACGGAAUGUCUUCCAAUACUGCCAUGGAUAAACAUUCUGGUGGUAUGGCGGAAUACCGAUCAUCAGAGGGAAAGACUGUCGAGGUGCCUUAUCGAGGAGCUGUAGAAACAACCGUACUAGAUAUCCUCGGUGGAUUAAGAUCAUCAUGUACAUAUGUGGGUGCUUCAAAAAUACGUGAGUUGUCACGUCGUGCAACAUUUAUACGGUGCACACAACAACUAAAUAAUAUGUACGGACCACCUCCGGGACUUUAAUAACUAAUUACGUUACAUAAUUUAUUAAAGUUAUUACGUCUCCGCUAGAUAAUUCUGGUUAUUUAAACAAUAAUUCGCUUGACAUGAGGAAUUGUUCAAAUUGCCAUUUUAAAAAUAUUAUCAACUUAAUAUUUACGCAACGAAACUUUGUUUAUGAAUUGCUAUUGAUUUGUUUAUUUAUUUGUUUUUUUUUUUUUAUUGAACAUUAGAGGUUAUUGAUAUUUAAAGAUUGUUAAAGUUCAAUUUGUCGUGGUUUUAUUACUCUAGCCGCAAUGCGACAGUAUUAUAUAUACAUUUGAUUAAAUCGUACUGAUAUCAUAAAAUUCUUUAUCAUACGACAAGAGUAAAUAAUAAUUUUUUUGUAUUAUUAUUUAUUUUAUUUUCGUAUUUGAAAAUCAAAUCGAAUGAUUUUUAAAAACUCGUUAAAUUAAAACGAAUGGAAAUAAAUUAUUUAUUAUAGAUUUAUUGUUGAAAUUUAAGUGAUUAUAGAAAAAUUUAAUUUAUUUUUAAGUUAUUUAAAUUGUUUAAAGCCAUUAACUUGACUUGUUUUUUAAACCGUGAGUUUUAAAUUGUUUUGAGCACUUGAAACGAAUUGAGAAUAAUUUAAAACUUUUUUAUGGUUUUCAAAAAAUAAUUUAUAAAAUUAAAUUAUUUAAAUGCACAGAUAUAUUAGGAAAUCGAACGCACAUAUAAUUGUUUGUUAAUUUUUUUUUUUUUUUACUGAACAGUAUUGAUGUCAAUUGUAAUUCCGUGUAAUUAAAAGUAAAAAAAAAUUGAAUAAUUGUCAUUGACAACUUAAUUCUUUUACAAUGAAAGUAAGAAAAAUAAUGCAAUUAGAUUUAAAAGUUUAUUAUUAUAAUUCUUAUAAAAAUUGUUCAAUUAAUGAGAAAAUUUUUUGUGCUUCUAACGUUGAUAUGAAAUUUUAUCGCUUAAAAAUAGUUUUUUUUUUUUCAGCGACUUAAAAUUUAUAAACAUACUAUUAAUUUAUUGUUCAACAAAUAGAAAGGUAUAAAUUGUUUUAAAUUUUUUACCAAUCUUAUCUAUUAAAAAAUGUUAACAAA